AUGGAUCAAAUUGCUUCUUGCAUUCAUGAUGAGCUUGCCUUGUUUGUUCAGAAAUAUAGAAGGGUUGUCAAAGAUAAAACCAAAGUCACUAGGAAUUGUCAAAAUCUUCCUAGUUUGUCUACAUGUGUGUCUCAAGACAAUGUUUUUAAGGAGAUGUAUUUUUUGGACUUUUAUGGCUUUAGGGAGGACAAAAGUUUGAAGGGUCUUGUAAAGUGCUAUCUAUGUGGUGGUGCUGGUCACAUUGAUGUGGAAUAUGCAAAUAACCACAUGAUAGAGUCUAAUGGGAGAGAAGAGUCAAUUAGUGCACAAUGGAGUGAUAAUGAUAGUGAUGAUUCCAAUAACUAUAUCACUUCAUCUUUUGAAGAGGCAAAAUUUUUUGCCCUUGUUGGUUCUAUUCAUAACUCUAGCCUUGCUAGAGUUCAUGUAGUUAAGGAAGGAAAAACUGAUUCAGGAAAUCAAUCUGUGUCUAGAGAUGAUAAACAGGAUAACCAGUCAUACAAGGAACAAGAUGACCAGUCAUACUUGGGAGCUGAUUUCAACCUCAAGGUUGAACCCCAAAUUUGGAAUAGGACCCUAGCUAAGGCACGACUCGCCACCUCCGUUGUUGGCCUCCAUAAAGAAGCCACAGUCUUGACUUGCCACCUCCGUUGUCGACUUCCACCACAAAGCCACGGCACCGUCAUCGUCGAUCUUCACUGUGAUCUCCUUGAAAGUAAUGUAUUCACUCUUUUGGGUGGGGGUGACACAAAAGGCAUAAUAGUUUCGCGAAACAUCACGUUUGGUGAGCUUUUGGAACGGGUGCAUAAGAUUGUUAAUACAGACAACAGGGAAGUCAAGCUUUGUUUAAAGUUCUUAGUUUCAAUAUCCUCGAAUGAGUGUAAGCAUAUCAAGAUUGAGGACAAUGAUGAUGUUAAAUUUUUUAUUAAGUACAGUUGUGACGUAAUUCCUUCGAAAGUGGCUCCUUUACUGGUGAGCAUAGAAGACAAAGGAGUGACAAAUGUCGUAGGUGAUCGUAUGCAUAUCACGACGGAUAUGAGUCGAAUGGCCUGUUCUUCAAAUGCCAUAGUUGAAAGCAAUGGUGAUGUACAUGGUGAUUUUGGAACACAAUAUUUAGACAUGAUUGAUUUUACAGGGGUGGAUGGGGUGCAUAGUGGUGAUAAUGGUACGGAAAUGAAUGGCUUGCAAAUGCACUCAGCCCCUCCUAUUUUGGCCCAUUUGGAGACAUUUUCACAAGUGGGUGUGGUGGGUUCCGGAACAACGUCUGAACUUUCUAUUCGACAUAAUUGGAGGCAAAUGGGUGAACAAAACGUGCACAAUUUGGGUAUUGUAAAUGAUGAAGAAGAAGAUAUUGAAAGCGCGUAUUCACGGAAUAAUUGGGAUCCAAAAUUGGAAGUUGGGAAAAUUUUCUCUAGUAAGGAAGCCCUAUCCAACAAGUUACAGUUGGCGGCAAUAAGAGGUCACUUUGAAUUUAAGGUGAAGCAGUCUUGCAAGAGUCGAUUGGUUGUGGUUUGUUCUCAAGGUCCAUGCCCAUGGCGGCUUCGUGCAUCUAGUUAUGGAGAAAAGAACUUCAUGAUUGUGAAAUAUAAUCCCGUCCAUGAAUGUGAUAUGAGUUUUAUACAUGACAAGCAUCGUCACGCAAGUGCUAAACUCGUUGGUAAUGCAGUGAAGCGGAAAUUGAAAGAUUCUCGCACAAUAUACACACCAAGUGAUAUAAUCAGAGAUGUGAAACAAAACUUUGGUGUCACCAUUAAUUAUUGCAAAGCUUGGAGAUCGAGGGAGUUAGCUCUAAUGUCCACUAGAGGUUCAGUAGAGGAGGCAUAUUCUCUCCUUCCAGCUUAUUGUCAUGAAUUAGAACGUGUGAAUUCUGGCACAAGGACAUACAUCCACACCGAUGAGAACAAUCACUUUUUGUAUUUUUUUAUGGCUGUUGGGGCAUGUAUUAGAGGGUUUCAAUCUUCAAUGCGGCCAGUCAUUGCUGUGGAUGCCACGCAUUUAAAAUGUAAGUAUAAAAGUGUCCUCUUUGUUGCCAAUGCAUUUGACGGAAAUCGAAAUAUAUAUCCUCUUGCUUUUGAAAUUGGGGAUUUAGAGACGGAUGCAUCAUGGCAUUGGUUUUUCAGCAAGCUUCAUGAAGCUAUUGCUGCGAAAUCUUAUGGUAUCGCUGAAUUUGAUCGUCAUUUUCACAAGAUCAAGGGAAAUGAUGAGGUUGCUCAAUAUCUUGAAAGUGCAGGAUUACACAAGUGGUCUAGACCUCAUAUGGAUGGACGUCGAUACAAUGUAAUGACAACAAAUAUUGCGGAGUCAAUCAACUCAGUCCUUCGGUUCGCAAGGAUGCUACCUGUGGUGCAUUUGAUUGAUGAAAUCAUCAAUCUGCUUGUAAAAUGGUUUAGUAAACGUCGUGAUUUUGCUUUGAAAUGUACAUCAACAUUGUGCCCUGACUUUGGCGAGAAAAAGUUGAGACGCAGGUUGGAAUGUGCUUCAAGGAUGAAUGUUGUGAAACUGAAUCACGUAGAGUAUAAUGUCGUGGACGGUGAUAUGGACGGCCACGUACAUUUGACGAAUAACACUUGCAGUUGUAGGAAGUUUCAGCUUGAGCAACUACCUUGCAAGCAUGUAGUUGCAGUUUGCCGUUUCUUAAAACUAAAUGUAUACUCCAUGGCUUCUCGUUAUUACACUCAAAAUACAUGGUUGGAUGCUUAUUCAGAUACCAUCUACCCGGUACAGCCUCAAGAGUUGUGGGUUAUUCCUGAAGAUGUCCAAAGUAGAGUUGUGCGUCCUCCAAAUGCAAAGGUCAUGCCAGGUCAACGAAAAAGUUAA